CCUCAGAAGAUCCUCAUCUGUUCCAAAAUCACGGCGCUCUAGACUUCAAAUACGCGGCGGCAGUCAUCUCACCUCUAGCCCCUGCAACACCCAUCCCAAGGUACUACUGGCUCCGGUGGGGAGAUGUCAGACUCCUAACAGAGCGCUUAGCGAAGGCGGAGUUGCGACGGACUCAUUAAUUGGACAGUGAAGUUACGCUUUGAGUAGGACAAUGGAGGUUGAAUCGAAGAAGCCGGAAGACACCGAGUUAGAUAUUAAGCGGGCGAUGCGAGCCCGUGUGAAGGAUUUCAAGGAACAAGCGGAUUCCUUGACUCUUGAGGGUGUUCGGAGGGCAUUAGAGAAGGAUUUAGGAAUGAAGACUUUUUCGUUGGAUGUGCAUAAGAGGUUUAUUAAACAAUGCUUGGAAGAGUGCUUUUAUGGCGGUGAUGAUGCUGAUCUAUCAACAACUACGGGAAGUGCUCCAGAUCCACAUCCUCCACAUGUGAGCAAAGAAACCCCUAGUGAAAAGGAUGAGCCUCAGCAACCGAAAGAUCUGAUAUCUGUCGGUUCUGAUAUUAAUGAGGGGGCAGUGGAAUUUCUUGCUGUAGAAGAAAAGCCUAAUCAUGAAUCCAUUAAAGAUGAUGGUAUUAAACAUGACGAACAGCCUAGUGAAGAUACAAUAAAGAAAGCAAUAGAAAAACGAGCUUUUUUCUUCAGAUCUAAUCUUGAGAAAAUUACAUUGGCAAAAGUUCGUCGUCUGUUGGAAGAGGAUCUUAACCUUCAGAAAAACACUCUUGACGCAUAUAAAAGUUUCAUCAGUAACGUGUUAGAUGAGGUCUUGCAAUCACCUGAAUCUGCUGAGACUACAAAUGGCACUAAGAAGAAACCCAAGAAAGUUUUGAAGAACAAAGAAACUGGAAAAGUAAAGAGAGAGCCUAAGGUUGUCAGUGAAGAUUUAGGAUCCUCUGAUUUGGGUAAUGAUGCGAGUGAGGCUGAUGAAGAUAGUGACGUGUUCGUAAAGAGACUAAAGAAAAGGCCACUUAAAAAAUCAAAAUCAAGCGUGGAACCUAUAAAAAAACAGAAAAAAUCUUCAGAUGCAAACAUAACGUCAGUUUCCAGGAAAAAGAGACGAGAGGAAAUUGGUUCAGAGAUAGGAGCUGAAAGUGAUAAUGAGAGGUCUUCGGAAAAUGGUGGUUCGCACUCAUCUUCUGAUGAAAGACCAAAGAAGAAACAAGAGAAGCCAACUACACAAACAUAUGGAAAGCAUGUUGAACAUCUAAAAUCUGUUAUCAAAGCUUGUGGAAUGGGCGUACCACCCGCUGUUUAUAAGAGAGCUAAGCAAGUUUCAGACUCAAAGCGUGAAGCAUUCGUGAUAAAAGAGUUGGAGGAUAUUCUUGCAAAGGAAGGUUUAUCGACUAAUCCAUCUGAUAAAGAAAUAAAAUCAGUGAAAAGGAAGAAGGAGAGGGCAAGGGAGCUUGAAGGCAUAGACAUGAGCAAUAUCGUGUCUACUUCUCGUCGAAGAAGCAGCAUCAAUUAUAUACCCACUCCAAAACAGAAAACAGAAGUUGAAAGUGAUGAAGACGAGGAUGAAGUUGAGGAGGAUGAAGAUGAUCAGGAGGGUACAGAUGAGGGUGAAGAUGUAUGUGAGGCAUCUAGCGAAGGAUUGGAGGAAGAUGCGGAAGCAGAUGCAGAUGAGGAAUAAGACGGCGAAUGAAUUAUCGAAUUUUAGUGUUAUUUGUUAGCAAUUAGAGAGUAUAGGCAUUUAUGUAUGUAUAUCUGAACCCUUUAGGGUCGUUGCUCAUUUACUUAGUCAUAUAAUAGCAGUGGACUUUCUCUGAAUCCUUCAUGUUGUAUUUAUUACUUGUCUUUUUUAUCUGAAUUUGGUAAAUUGUUUGCCUCCUGUAUGUAAUU